AUGGUGCGAUUUUUGACUCCGCAACAGUUAGAACUGAAAAACAUGGAUGGAGAUACAGCCCUGUGCUUUGCUGCGAAAUUAGGAUCUGUGACAAUUGCGGAGGAGAUGGUGAAAAAAAGCGUGACACUGCCAUUGAUCCUCAGUAUUGAAAACAAAUCACCACUUCACAUAGCAGCUUUGCGGGGACGUAAAGACAUGGUUUCGUAUCUAUUCUCUGUGACUUCUUUAAACGACUUGGAUCCUAAUGAUCGCAUGGAGAUCCUUAUUGCUACUAUUACCCAUGAUAUGUACGAUAUAGCACUCAAAAUUCUGACAGAUAGAGAGCGAACACUAACAACUGCAAACAAUGCAGAGAUUAUUGCAGCAAAGACUAUUGCAGCACUGCAAGAGUUGGCCAGAAAACCUUUUGCAAUUGGCAGCAAAAGUCAGCUAUCAUUUUGGAAUAGAUGCUUAAACUGUUAG